AUGCAUAUGCAACUCAGGAAAAGGAAAAGAGUCGAUUAUACAGGAAGAAAAUUGGCGUCCGAUCCUCCCGCAACCACAACUAUUCCAUCUAUUGUCGUACCAAAGAAGCGUAGACUGGCCAAAACGAAUAUGAUUACGCCGGUUGCGCUAAGUGCCUCCGGAACGCUGAGCCCGUCGAACAUAAUAAUACCGAAACCUUUGCAGCGCCCCAAAUUUCGCAAUAACGCCGACCCAUCUUCACAAGAUGAUCACCUUGGGAUAAUUCCUGUAUUGGAAGUUCAAAGAAGUUUAUCAAACCUUAUUGAAAGACAAGAGGGCCUGUUUUAUAAGGACUUGCGUAAACCGACUUUGGUAGGUUUGAAAAAUUUCGAAAUGCUGAGGCUGCCCAAUGACCUGCAGCUUUUGCAAAACAUUGUAAAGCUAUUGUAUUCAUUCGACCAAUUGAAUAGUGAUUCAAAGGUAAUAUCGGCCAGCACUGCCAGCUCGAAGGCUUUCUCUCAAGCGCACUCAAAUAAACUGAAAAAAUUAAUCGCUGAGAAGAAACCUCUGCUCAGCCAUUCCAAUCACGACAGUACUACCCAUCAAAAUGACAUCAUCAUCCAUGAAAUAGCGAAACUGCACUCCAUAAAUCUGAUAGAUCUCCUCAACCUGGAAAUGUACAACAAUACCAGCCAUGCAAUCAACACAGUGUCGCAAACCACGGCAAAUUCGAUGACCGUUAACAGUAUUAUCAAAAAACUGGACAAGCCGAUACUAAAGGAGAGAAAUAACACUCUGGCAUGGCCUCACAAAACUAGAUUCAAAACAAAGAAAAAUCAGCCCUUGCAGAACGGAUCACUAACCAAUAAUACCAACAUCGCUCUCUAUAAUGAUAUAUAG